AUGGCGUUUUUUCUCAAUAAAUCCACUCGCUCCGCUCUCCGCCUCAGUUCCCAGAAAGCUGAUGAUUCGUUGAUGAUUUCAAGGCGCGGGCUUCAUGUUGAGCCCGGGGCUCGCGAGAAGGCUCUCUUGGAGGAACACCCGUCCCUUAAACGCUUCAAAUCAACUAAGAAUACUGUGAGACUUAUCAAACGUGCAGGAGAUGUUCUUACUGUCAUAGUUGUAGCUGGAUGUUGCUAUGAGAUUUAUGUGAGGGCAGUAUUACGAGAAGAAGCUCGUAAACAAGCAAAAGACAGCGCCUGA